AUGAUGUACGGCGUCGCCACCGCGGCCCUGCUGCUCUCCGCCCUCGCGGACGCCACCCCCCUCGCCCGCCGCCAGGCCCCCGAGACCGCCCCCGCCUCCGUCCCCUCCGCGGUCGCCGCCCCGACGUCCCAGGCUCCGCCGUACGACUGGUCCGCGGGCUGGCAAAGGGCCUUCCCCAUCCACCAGUCGUGCAACUCGACGCUCCGCGCCCAGCUCGAGGCCGCCCUCGCCGAGACCCAGCAGCUCGCGGCCCACGCACGCGACCACAUCCUCCGCUUCGGCAACUCGUCCGAGCACGUCCGCAAGUACUUUGGCGACGCGCCCACCGCCACCCCCGCCGGCUGGUACGACCGCGUCGUCAACGCCGACAAGGCCGGCAUGACCUUCCGCUGCGACGACCCGGACCGCAACUGCGCCACCCAGGACGGCUGGGCCGGCCACUGGCGCGGCGCCAACGCCACCCAGGAGACCGUCAUCUGCCCGCUGUCCUUCGAGGUCCGCCGUCCGCUCUCCUCCGUCUGCGGCCUCGGCUACACCGUCGCCGGCUCCAAGCUCAACACCUACUGGGCCACCGACCUCCUCCACCGCGUCCUCCACGUCCCCCUCAUCGCCGAGGGCGUCGUCGAGCACUACGCCGAGGACUACACCGAGGCGCUCGCCCUCGCCGAGAACAACGCCACUUACGCUGUCGUCGACAGCAACGCCCUCCAGUACUUCGCCAUCGACGUCUGGGCCUACGACAUCGCCGCCCCCGGCGUCGGCUGCUCCGGCGAGCUCGAGGAGGAGGAGGAGGAGGAGGAAAAGCCCGCUCCCACGACCACUGCCAUCGGUUCCGCCGCCACAACACCCGCCGCGACCUCCAGCGCGCCCCAGGAGUGCCACACCCACGCCGACGGUGUCCUGCACUGCGUCUAA